AUGACAAAAACUUGCCACCAGAGGGCACUAGAGAUUGCUAAAUGUUUCCAGGACUGCUCUGUGGGGCGCUGCGUGGGUGCUGUGGGUGCGAGGGAAGCUCCUUUACCUCUUCAAGGACCUUCUACACGUGCUGGGCGGGAGCUGGAUCUGAACCUGCAGCGAGGGCUGGGCUUGGCUGGCAGCCUGCAGCCUGCAGCCUCUCCUGCUGCCUGGAAGGGAGUCAGUAUUGGGGAGGCGGGGUCGUUUGUCCCCCGGCGACCACAGAUGGGCCCGCGCAGUGUAAACGCUGUUUCACACAUAAAUAACGUGCCACAUCUGGCCCUUCGGUUUUAUGGCGUCUUAGCGACAGAGCAAUUUAUAGAUGGCGACCUUAUUAACCAGCAGCCUUGGCUCGCCGGGAGCUGCAAGGUCCAAGGCACGGCUGAGGACCGACGGAGGAGGGGCGCGGGAGAGGAAGAUACCGGGGGUCCCAGAUCUCCAGCUCGGAGGAACGCUGGGCAGAGGGAAGCUACGCCUGCCGAGCAAGGAAAACAAACAGAGCGCGCGCGGUGCGGGGGAGCAGCCCCCUCCGUCGAGGCUGCGCGGCUGCCGCGGGGCCGGGAGCCGAGCCGGGAGGGGGAGCCGAGCCAGCCGCGCUCCAGCCCGAGCGCCCGCCCGCCGCCCGGAGCGGCCGCGCCUCGGGGUGAGAGCGGCAGGGGCUCUGCGCGCCCGCCCAGCCGCCAGCUUCAGCGGCGGAGCCGCGCUCCAGGUGAGCCUCCCGCUCGCGAGAGCCGCCGGGGAAGCAGCGGAGCCGGCAUCUCCAUGGCUGUUGGCUCCGGCCUCUGCGCCUGCCUCCACAGCCGCGCGGGACCGGGACGCGCUCGGGACACGGGCCCCACAGCGGGCCAGGGCAGAGGGGUCUCAGGGCCGUCGCCGCCAAGCUGUGCCCCGGCUCGGGGUCUCCUGAGCGGCCCGCUUGGGCGCCCCUCCCUCCCGUGGGUCCCGGUCGGCUCCGACCCAGCCCCGGAGUCCGGAAGCAUCAGCUGGAGCGGGAGGCGGAGCGGGCGCGUAGAACGUCUUGCCAGCCCACUCCCAACUGUCCCAGCCGGGGGCUCCUCGGCCGCCCGAGUCGCUGUGAGCAAGGACGCGCCUCUGCCUCACCUCCGCAGGGUUCGUGAGUGGAGCCCAGCCUUAUAUGGACUGAUCGCUCGGGCAAUGGCCCAUUUCUUCCUCGCCACCAGCCGCCACCGCGCGCCGAGCGGCCGCCAGAGCCCGAGCUGACGCCGCCUUGGCACCCCUCCUGGAGUUACAAACUGGGGCGCAUCCCAGGGCGCUUGGCGCGCAGGCCGCCCAGUCCCUGUGUCCGUUUCCGUGUGCUUUCAGAGAAGACACGGGAACUGCUCUGGGCUUCCCCUCCACCCCCACCCCUUCCCCGUAGUUUAUUUUCUUUUUUUUAAAUAAUAAUUAUCUCAAUAAUUAAAGC